CCAUGUCUGAUGUCACCAUUCAAGAUAAACUCGAUACUUUAACAAAUUAGUUAAAAACGGAGGAUUUCCGCGUUCCACAAUUUCAUACUGAACAAGUUAGUUAAAGAAAAAAAGAUAUCCGCGUUCCAGAGUUUCUGAAUUUUAUAGUUAAUUAUUAUUCCUGGUCAAACGUAAAGGCAAUUGUUUGGAGAAAAACCGUUAAAACACAGAAAGGAAAUGCUCGUUUAGAAUUUUUUAAUACCAAACAUUUUGUUUUGUAUCUUUUGCCUCAAAUUCGAGGAACUGGAAUCGACAAGAAGAAAAAAACAAUUGUAGAGGUCGUUUUGUUUGUCAUGCGUCUGUUAUGAUAUUGGAAGAUAGGUUACGAAGAUCUAGAGUUGAAAAUUUUCUUGAUUCAGAUGAAUAUUGACUGAGAAAUACCCAGUGAGACAUUCUGGUAGUAGAUGCAUAUCUGAUCAUAAUUUGUUUUGGAAAAAUACCGUGGAUGCCCCAGCAUUAAUGAAAUUAUUUACUGGGUAUCUGAGUUUGCAGUCAAAUUGUUGGGUAUAGUUUCUGUUAGCUGGAAAUCCAAUAUACACCUGUCAAAAGCCUAGCAGAGAUACCUUUUUAAUAGGUUUUUAUAUAAAUUGAGUCAAAGGGCGCUAAUUUUAAAUAAAUAACAGAAAGAAAGUUCUAGUAAGACUACGCAUUUUGAGGUUGAAUUAUCACAAUUUGUUGGAUCUGUCGUAUUGGGCAUCUGAAAUUUCAGUCUUGAAUUACAGGACUCAUAGAUCAGUUGGUAAUCUGAAAAUUUUGAAUUGGACAUUAGAGCUAAUUAGAGCUUCUGGGUGGCUGAAUUUGCACUGCCAAAUUGUUGGGUUUGACUAUUGUUGCUGAUCAGAGACGGUGUACAAAUGAAAUAUCAGAGCUGAUUGUAACGGCUGAUCAGAGUAUCUGAAGGUCCAGAGUUGAAUUAAAGGGUUAAUUAGGGCAGUCGAGUAUUUAAACAUCGGUUAAAAUGAGUGCAGCAGCCGCCAAAAAAGGGGUUGGACUAUUGAAGAGCAGCUUUGCAGUUCUUUCUAGUGGAUUUAAUAAAGCCAAGAAAGAGUAUGCAAGCAGUCACGAGGUUUCUGUGCUAGCAGAGCUUAGGCAAAAGGGUCUCAGCCCUUCUGAUCUUAUUUUCCAAGCACUCCAGAGAUUAUACUUUUUGUACUUGGCUGGAUACAAGCAUGAGUUAGUUGCUGCGUCUCAGUUGGCUGGUAAGCGCCUGACAGACAGUGAGAAGAGUACUGCACCUUUGGACGUGGUUUCACUGCUGGGAAACUCAGUGUCCAAUGAAUGCAAGAAAUAUGGAGAUUUUGAGAAAGGGAAAUUUUAUCAGAGUAUGCAAGAUAUUCUUAACAAGUCCCGUGUUUCAAAAGACCACUUUGACAGGGAUUCCAUUGCUCACGAUAUUUAUUAUGCAGUCCUGUUUACUGUUGAGAACUAUGGAUCUCAUUGGCAGUCCUUAGAAAAGACAUUCAGGGAUAGUGCAUCUCAAGUAAUUGCAGCUGCAGUGCAUGUGACUGAUCGUAAAAGUGAUCCCAGGGAAAAGGCUGCAAAGGCUAUGUAUAUCUUUGCAGAAGAAAUAAAAACCUGCUCAAGUGAAGCUGAAAUUAGAAGGCAGAAAGCCGUGAAAGAAGCAGAAGAAUUAUUGAAAAAAGAAAGGGAAAAACAAAUGAAUAUUGUCCCAGUUCCCACCGCUCCAUCACAAAUGUCAGAUGAAAGGACUAUGAGACAAAGAUAGCAAGCAAAAAUAACGAUUUCUCACCCUAUAUCAUCUGGUUCCAAUAUGUGUGUUCCUUGGCGUCUGUAGAGUUUUCAUAAAAUUAAAAUGUAAAGAAUAUCUUGUGUGCUGAAAUUUUUGCAAAUAGAUUUUGGGAAGAGAGACAAACAUUUAAUGUUAUGGUAUUAAAUGUUUUGAAUUUUGGGCUAUUUGAGAAUCAAUAUAUCAUGUAUCAUAGACUUGUAUCUGCAAAUAUUAUUUUUUAUAGCUGACAAAAACUGUAUAUGGAUUAGUAACUGGUUUCUUAAGAGAAUUUAGUUAUGGAAGCUACCAAUAUACAUGAUAAA